AUGACUGAAAUCAAGGAGAAAUUAACGCGAAUACGAGCUGUACGAGGGGGGAACAGAGGAGUUACUGCAAAGUUAAUCAAUGAAGCCGAAGGACUUUUGAAAGAAGAAAUCUUAGAACGAGAUAUUAUCUUAGAUAUGUUACUGAUGAAAAAGCCAUGGGAAAUAAAAGAAAGCCCAAAUAAAUUGAACAUAGCAUAUGCUGUGGAAUACCUUGCUCAAGAUGCUGACUUACGAGACUAUUUUGGUUGGCUCAUGCAUGAUUUAGAAUUGAAACAAGACGAAACUACCAGAACAAUUAUAUAUUGUCAAACUAUAAAGCAAUGUGCAAUGUUGUAUGCUAUUUUCAGGGAAUUACUGGGAAAGCACAUAUUUGUUGGCAACGAAGAAGAUCCUAGGAAUGUACUUGUCGAAAUGUUGCACUCAUGCACUCCUGUUACGAACAAGGAAAAUAUCUUGCAAUCAUUCCAGCUUGAAAGGGGGGGAACCAUUAGAGUGCUUAUUGCCACAAGAGCAUUUGGUAUGGGUGUUGAUUGUAAAGGCGUUCAUAAUAUUAUUCAUAUUGGCCCUCCUAAAAACAUAGAAGCAUAUAUGCAGGAGACCGGUAGGGCUGGCAGAGAUGGAUCACCAAGUAUGGCAUACAUUUUGUACAAGGGAAUACUUUUAAAUCAUGUUGACUCUGAUAUAAAAUUGUGUGCUAAAUAG